AUGCCUAGAACAUCGGGCUCCAGUGCUUCCAGUUCAUAUCGGCGUGGUCGAGGUGGUAGAGCUCGGCAAAGAAACACUUCUACCCGAGGGAGUAGCAUCAGAUCAUCCUCAAGAGCUAGUUCAGCGAGGCAACAGACACAAUCAACAACACCUUCAGCUGCAGGCAGACACAUGGCAAGACCCUCUUCACGACUGUCAUCCUCAGACCGCACGAGUCCUGCAUCUCGCAGCCGAGCACCUCAUAACUCAGAUUCACGUGAACCGUCCAUCGUCGAUAAUAGCAACACCAAUAAUCGAAGCAGCAGUGAGCCCGUACUGCACGAAGUUGUCAUGGCCAUUGAUAUGAAAGACAAUUCCACCAUUGGAUGCGCAUACUUCUCAACUACAGAUGGCAUUCUCUAUGUUUCGGAGGACAUUGCCUCAGCUUCCAUGGAUAUUGUCGAGCAGUUCCUCAUUCAUGUUCAACCAAGCAGCCUUCUCGUAUCUGCCAGAGCGCCUGCCAGCUUUCGGGACCAUCUUGAGAAGCUUGCAACUCCAGAAGGAUUGGAAGAUGUCUCAGGAGGUGUCAUUUUCAGGGGUUUGCAAUCGUCCGAGUUCUCAAUUGAAACGGCCCAUGAAAGGCUUGUCAGUCUCGACUCCCAUGCACUGUCACCUACUGGUAUCAUUUUCUCCACGGGUGUUGACGAUGGCGCAAAUGAAGAAACCAUACCGGGGCUCUCGCAGCCAGAGUCUCGUGUGUUCCGAUCGCUUCGCUACGGAGGAUGCAUAAACAUGAAUAGCACGGCCUCGCUGGGAUGUGCUGGAGCCUUGUUGGGUGAUUUGCUUCGUCGCAGGUCUGCUGGUUUUCUUCCAGAUGGACAGGUAGCUGGAAUGCUCUUUCGUGUAGCGCAUAUCCGCAUGUUUUCCCUUUCGGCUUACAUGUAUGUCAGUGCGGAUGCUCUACUAUCGCUCCAGAUUCUUCAGACUGAAUUGCACCCUAACAGUCAAGCGUGGGGAUCGGAUGCGAACAAAAGCAAUGCAAAAGAAAGUCUCUCAGUUUAUGGACUUUUCCAUCAUCUCGCCUGUACACCUCAAGGCCGUGUGCAGUUACGUCAAAUCUUCCUCCGACCGCUGUUGGAUCUGGAUGUCAUUUCAGAGCGGCAGAGGACCAUUGCAAUAUUGCUUCAGCCCGACAACAUCGACAAACUUCCACAAUUGGCUUCGACUUUACGUAAAAUCCGAAAUAUGCGUACAACCUUUGCACAGCUAAGAAAGGGUAUCGAAUUUCCAUCGGCUGGACAAUCUUUCGGUAGAGGCGUUUGGUCAACCAUUCAGAAGUUCACCACACAUGCUCUUACUCUCAGAGAGAUGAUGGCCCUACUCAACGACGGUGCUGGGGUAGUUCUUUUCGAAAGACUUGUCAAAAGCCUUGAGCCUGCAAGUCUAGUGAUUGUUGGAGAAAUGAUUAACAAAACAAUCGAUUUUGAACAAUCCAAAGCACGCCAUCGAUCGUCAGUGAAAGCUGGAAUCGAUCCACAACUUGACGAACUCAAGAGACGGUACGACGGUAUGGAUAGCUUUCUGACAGAAGUUGUGAACCAUAUCAAUCGAGAAUUACCAGAGUGGGCUCGCAAGUAUGUUCGAUCAUGCAUCUUUCUACCCCAGAUCGGAUUCCUCACAGUCGUGGAACCCAAUCCAUCGACUGGAAAUGGGCAAUAUGAAGGAGAAGGUACAGCUGGCGGUACAUGGGAAAAGCUAUUCAUUGCAGAUGGUGCGGUGUGUUACAAAAAUAGCUACAUGAAGGAGUUGGACAAAGAAUAUGGAGACAUGUACUGCCAAAUUGGGGAUCGAGAGGUGGAAAUCGUUCACGGGCUUGCCAGCAAAAUCUUGGAGCAUGAAGAGCCCUUACUCUCAGCCUCGGAUGUGUGUGGUGAGUUUGAUGCAAUUCUGGCCCUUGCACUUGGUGCUGAGAAGUACAACUGGCGUGCCCCCCAAGUGGUAGAACCAAGCAUCAUUCGUAUCGAGGAAGGUCGCCAUCCUUUACAGGAGCUUGUGGUGCCGGCGUUUGUCCCGAACUUUUGUCAUCUCUUUUCGGGACCCUUACACACAGCCCAACUGGACGAUGACUCGCCCCAGGCUUUAAUUCUUACAGGACCAAACCACUCAGGCAAGAGUGUGUAUUUGAAACAAACAGCAAUAAUUGUUUAUCUUGCUCAUAUAGGCAGUUUUGUACCAGCAACCCAGGCAAUAAUUGGCCUGACAGACUGUAUCCUCACCUGUAUUUCACCUCGAGAAAGUAUGUCCGGCGGUGAGAGUGCGUUUGCUAGAGAUAUGAGGCAAGCUGCCUUAUCCACAAAAUCCUCUACACCGAGAAGCCUCAUCUUGAUAGACGAAUUCGGUAAAGGAACUAAUGGUGACGACGGUGCCGGGCUACUAGCUGCAUUAUUAGAUCAGUAUCUGUCACUUGGGCGCGACUGUCCUCGGUUACUUGCUGCCACGCACUUUCAUGAAAUCUUUGAGGGCAUGUAUUUGGAACAUCAUGGCGGCCUACGCAUUGCACACAUGAAUGUUAGACUGGAUUGGGAAGCACAUCAUAUGGACGAGCAAGUCACAUAUCUCUUCAGCCUCGAGUAUGGUCACAGUACAUCGAGCUUCGGAGGUAGGUGUGCAGCUUUGAAUGGAGUACCGAGUGUUGUCGUCGAGCGCGCCGAGAACAUCUCCCAACUUCUUGCUCGAAACGAAGACUUGAGUGCGGUUUGUGCUCGCCUAUCUCAGCAAGAGGAAGCACGACUGGAGAAAGCAGAGAUGACUGCACGGCUAUUUCUGGGCCAGACCUUUGGUGGACAAGACGGAAAUGAAUGCAACGAGGAGUCAGUUGUUGUUAGAAAUUCUGCCAUGGAUACAUUGGAAGCCAUACUUUCGCCAGAUGAUUGA